AUGGCAGCGGCAGAUGUCCAACAACCACCUGUGGAAGAGGCAGCGCCCGCACUGCCAGACUAUCUCACAAAUCCCAAUGCUGUCCUUGGAGACAAGGAGGCAAAGUGGCGAUAUGGACGAGCACCAGAUUACACCAAAACACGAAAAGUAUACGCCGAGACAAAGCAAAAGACACACGAAGCCGGGUCUCUGCCCGAGCUGGUCGAAAACCUAGUCAAGAACUGGGAAGUGGAGGCGUCGUUCAAACCAGACAUUUCCGACUGGCGCACCAUUGACACAGCAAACUACUCGUUUGCCAUCAACGGAGGCGAGGCUGAGGGAGCAGAAGCCAUGCUCAAAGUGGGCACGUACAACGCCAUUAUUGCGCCAAACGAGUACUACUCACCCGAAUACUCGGACUUUGCGUCGUCGCACAAGACAUUCAAGCGCAUGAUGCCGACGUUUGCGUGGGAGGUGCUUGAGGUGUAUAGUGGACCGCCAACAGUCAGUUUCAGGUGGCGACACUGGGGUAUCAUGAAGAACGACUAUGUAGGAUUCAACAACAAGGGGGAGAAGGUGACGGCCAAGGCGCACGGAGGGCCGAUUGAUAUCCAGGGCGUGACUGUCGCGACGGUCAACGACAAGGUGCAGUUGCGCGAGGUGAGGACGUGGUUUGACCCCAUGGACAUGUUUAGGCAGAUUGCGCCGCACGGUGUGGUUAGCAAGGAGAACAAACCAGCCCAUGUAUCACCGGCGGAUGCGCUGGAUGAGGCGCAGGCUGGUGUCAAGGUGCCAGAGGAACAGGAACUUCCUGAUGCUACUGUACAGAGUAAAGAGGAGUUUGAGCGGACCAUUGUCGAGAUUGAUAAGAAAAGGGCAGAGGGCCAGAGAGCACAAGAUGUACCGGAUGGCCAUGUUGAUGUUUCCAGUGCUCAAGGCGAUGUCGGCGCGUGUCCAUUCAUGUCUGGGGCGACGCGUUAA